UCAAUACAAGUUAGUAAUUUAAAUAAAAAGCAAUGAAUAAGGAUAUUGUUUAAACGGGGCAAACACAAAGUCAGGCUUAAAAGGGCUAAAAUUUGAAACUUCGGUAUUUAAACAACAUUUUUUCCUUUUUCAUUUUUUAUUUAUUUUAAUUUCCGGAAAAUAUGGUAAAAGAAAAUUAUCACGUUGAGCUCAUUCUAUAGGGAGACAUACGUGGCGGAUAUCUAGGGACCCGAGAGGAGAGAACGAGUUCGUUCGUCGUCGUCAAUGGAGAUCUCUGCGUCUGCUUCUCUAACUUCCUCUGGACUCGUUCCUCGUCUUUUUCCCUUGUUCUAUCCUCAAGCUCGAACCACUUCCUGUGCGCCGUCUCUGCCUUCUUCCUCCGUUAAACUCAUUUCUUCUCACAGGCGUAUAGCUCCGUCACGGUGUCUCGCCGACCAGUCUGCGCUUACCGGGAUCAGUGUUGUUGAUUCGGAUCCCAUUGACGCUGUUCAGAGGAAAGCUAUGGACAUAGCCCCUGCACUCAAAGGAGCUUCAAUAUUUCUGGUUGGGAUUAAUAACCCCAUUAAAUCGAAGUUGGGGAAGAUUUUGGCUGAUUCAUUACGAUAUUACUACUUUGAUAGUGAUAAUUUGAUCGCAGAGGCGGCUGGUGGAAAUGCGUCCGCUCAAGCUUUAAAGGAAGCUGAUGAGAAGGCUUUUCAGGAAUCAGAGACUGAAGUGCUGAAGCAGCUGUCAUCUAUGGGUCGGCUUGUAGUUUGCGCUGGAGAUGGUGCGGUCCAGAGCUUGACAAAUCUUGCACUUCUAAGACACGGGAUCUCCAUAUGGAUCGAUGUUCCUCUGGAUGUCGCAGCUAAAGGGGAUGAUUCAUUCAACUCAGAACCUAUCCCUGAGUUGUUUGAUGCGCUAAAAGCGAGUUACGAAAAAUCAAGAAAAGGUUACGAUACAGCAGAUGCAACAAUUUCCCUUCAAAGAAUAGCUACAAAGCUGGAAUGUGAAGACGUGGAAACACUAGCUUCUGAAGACAUUGCUUUGGAAGUGUUGAAGGAAAUCGAGAAGAUGACCAGAGUGAAGAAAAUGAUGGAAGAAGCUUCUCGACCUUUCUAGGUCGAUUUUUACUCCCUCUCACUCAUGCAAUCGUAAAAUCUGUCAAUUUUUUAGGUUUUUGAAAAGGUCAUAUGAUUAUAUUGUAUAUCAUCGACACAGAAAUUGAGCAUAUUGCAUAAAAAUUUAGUGU